AUGAUGGUCCUGGAUUGGAAGUGCUGCUCCACGACAACCACGGCUUACCCCGAAGGCUCCAAUGCCAAACAACCCACACUACAUACACACUACCUUGACACUAACAACAACCCAUUCCCCCUCCCACCCUCGUAUUCCGAAAGCGCGCACUUUGUCCGACAAUGGUGGCCCAGCCUACUGAACAUCCCACGUGUAAGGUCCACAGUCGUCUUAUUGGCGGAACACGACCAAGUGAGCCAUCGUCUGCACUUCGUGCUCGCGCAACAUUCUUUUCGGGUGUCGGUCAAUCACGAUAACUACAAUUCGUACAGGACUGCUUCUGGGCUUGGGGUGAACUGCGUGACCCCUCCUCCUCUUCGCCCUUUCUCUUCCUCCUCUUCCGGAUCUCAACCUCAGCCCCCCACCACAUCCACAUCCACAUCCACCACAUCGUUGAGCACCCCCACGCAAAUAGAGCAAGACGACGGACUGAUGCACCUCUGGUACGUCAGGUGUUCGACGCGAUCUUUGAAGAAGACUACGAGGAUAGAGGGACGCCUGAUCGGCCUAGACCGUUGGUGGCUGUUGAUUUUGGACAUGCCGUUUGGAUUGAGUAUGUUGGUGGGAGUGUAA